CAAAGAACCAUGUCCAUGUAAUCAACUGCAUCGAAAUCGAAAAAAAGUAACGUCAGUAGCAAUGGUCGUGAUCGCUACGAAGGGGAGUGUUUUUAAUUUCUAGUGAUUUUCAGGUCAGUAUAGUUGUAAUAUACAACGGUUUGAUUAAAUCGUGUAUUAUUUUAACCAUACAAUAAGUGUGAAAGUAUCCGAAUGGUGUAUCAAUGAUUUCCUUGCGAUGUACAUUGUGUAUUUAUUUCUGACCGGGUUAUUUAGAAAUAAAGUGUCGAGUUCCUAAAACGAAUUACACAUUUGAAGACAAAAUUUGAGCCCCUUCAAGAUGAAUAGGGGCGUCCGCGUCGAGCCGACGCCGCCAGAAUGCGCGCUGGCGGCCGAGAUGUUCGACCACUUCUGCUCGGCGGGCACCAUGAAGCAGAUCCUCGCGCUACACAGGGAGAUCUGCAACACGCUCAACCUCAAACCCAACAGACUGCCAGACUUCUACCCGAAACUCAAGGCGAAACUAGCAAGUUCAUGGAAAGCGCAAGCGUUAUUCAAGAAAUUCGAUGCCCGAGCCAACCACAAAGUGUACGCGAAGGGCAGAGCGUGUGUCUCAGGCAAGGUGCUCAUCAUCGGUGCAGGACCUUGCGGCCUGCGAGCAGCAAUAGAAUGUCAGCUCCUUGGUGCCAAAGUUGUCGUGAUAGAGAAACGUGACAGAAUGUCUAGGAACAACGUGCUGCACUUAUGGCCGUUCGUGAUCCAAGAUCUGAGGGCGCUCGGUGCGAAGAAGUUCUUCGGCAAGUUCUGCGCCGGCUCCAUAGACCACAUCAGUAUCAGGCAGCUACAGUGUAUACUUAUGAAGGUGGCGUUGCUACUAGGAGUAGAGUUACACGAAGGAGUCAGUUUCGAAGAAUUAUUAGAGCCUAGGGUUGCCGAGAAUUCAGAAACACUGGGUUGGAGAGCGCGCGUCUUGCCAUCAGACCACGUGGUAUCGCAGUACGAGUUUGACGUGCUCCUCGGAGCCGACGGCAAGAGGAAUACGCUGCAUGGGUUCAAACGCAAGGAGUUUAGGGGGAAGCUGGCUAUGGCCAUCACCGCCAACUUCAUCAACAGGCAUACGGAGCAGGAAGCAUCGGUACCAGAAAUCAGCGGUGUCGCGUUCAUAUUCAACCAGAAGUUCUUCAAAGAGCUGUACGAAGUGACGGGCAUCGAUCUGGAGAACAUUGUGUACUAUAAGGACGACACGCAUUACUUCGUUAUGACUGCCAAGAAGCACAGCCUGCUCGACAAAGGGGUGCUACUCAAUGAUUAUAAUGAAGUAUCACGUCUGUUGAGCGUGGAGAACGUAGACCGCGCAGCUUUGAUGCGGUACGCGCAAGAAGCGGCGCGGUUCUCAACGGACGGCCGCCUUCCGCUGCGGGACUUCGCCCUCAACCACUACGGAGAGCCUGACGUUGCGCUCUUUGACUUCACCUCUAUGUACGCCGCUGAAAACGCCAGCAUGGUAUACGAGCGUCACGGUCGGCGCUUGUUGUGCCAACUGGUUGGAGACAGUUUGCUCGAGCCGUUUUGGCCGACUGGCUCGGGUUGUGCUCGAGGUUUCCUGUCGGCGCUAGACGCUGCCUGGGCCGUCAGAGCGUGGGGCCAGACUCCAGCACCGCAUCCACUCGAAGUUAUAGCCGAAAGAGAGUCUAUCUAUAGACUUCUAGCUCAAACGACUCCGGAGAAUCUGCACCGUGACUUCGGUGCGUACACACUAGACCCGGGUACGCGCUACCCGAACUUGAACCGGGCAGCGGUGACGCCGCACCGCGUCACUUCCUUUUACGACUCCGAUGAACCGUUACCAUUGGAUGCCGCACCCACUGCCAGGAAGAGACGGAGAGAAGCAGAAGUGUCGGAGGAAGCGUUGGUGUCGUGGGUGGCGUGGUCGGAGCCGGGUAUCAGGGCGGCGUCGAGUCCUGCGGCCCUCACUGAGCUACUGCGCCGCUACAGACCAGACUUGCUCCCCUCCACAACUGUUCCCAGAGCCGUCUACCAUAUCCUACAACAGGAGUUUGGCAUAGCCCCGUUCUCAUCAGGCGGUUCGUUAAGAGACGUGCCCGAUGCAAAGCUUCGUUCGUACUUGACGCGCGUGUACAACGCGUUCAAAGGGGAAGUGCCGCACGUCCACCAUGAGACCGAUGUCUUUGAUCAGAUCAAACAGAGCAUGCAGAAAGAGAAACACGUUCGCAACAUAGAACACCCUGUAUCUGUAUACACAAACGCGGCCGACGCCGACAAAUCACACUCGAGCUACAGAAAGAAACGGCGCUCGGUACGUCCCCAACAAGUAAGUAACGAUCCCGCCGAGUACAUUCGCAAAAAGAUCGGCAAACUAGACCUUAACGACAUCACACAGCUCGCGCGCCUCAUUGAGGGCCACGACGCCGUCACCGACACUGACACACAGACAGACAAACAGAAAGAACUACAGGAACAAAUAUUGGCGCUCCUCGACCCCGAGGAGUCGCCCGACCCCAAGGUUCUCAGGCAAUCUCUAGCGCAGCUCCUGCAGGGCUCCACUAAGACCAGGGUUCAGGAACCAACACAAUUAGCGCAUUUCUUCCAAGAAGAAGUUGCUAAACCCGUGAAGCCAUCGCGGAGGCUGAAGGGCCUCGACAUCAACAGCAUGCGGAUACCAGAUUACUCAAUGUUUGAUGAUUCUCCCGACACGGAUGCCACGGUCGUCAAAGUGGAAGCUAAGAAGACUUUCAGCAGGUCGCUGUCGACGGAGAGCGCCAAAAAACCACAAUAUCCGUCUUCUUCGUCUAUUGACGGUGCGGGGAAGUUUGCUAGGUCUUCUGAGAGCCCGUUACCGCAGAAAGGUAGGAGACUGUCAGAUGUUGUAAACACUAGUAGAAUUAGGCAUUCCCAGAGUCCAGAAGUUAAGGUACCUUAUAAGAGAUCGAACUCGAUAGGCGCAUCUGAAAUAGCCAACACUAAGCGAAUCGCUCAGUUGUUCGAGGGCCACAAGAGGCGACAUACACCUAGCCCGGAGUCCAGAUCUAUCCGUUCAGGCUCAACUACAAACCCUGAGAUGGCCCUACGCUUACAACGUAUGACAGAAAUCAUUGAAGGCAAGCGACGAGACACUCCGUCUCCAGACAGACGGGACAAAAAAGAAUGUAUCGGAACCCCGGAGAUGGCAGUGCGGCGCCAGAGGGUGGUUGACCUCAUCAAGCAGGGGCAAGGAUUGGGCCAGGAACAUAAGCAGCGGCAGCCUCCAGAUAUACCACAACGACGAAACAGCGACGAGAUGGCGUUUAGAAUGCAGAGAGCGUCUGAUAUGAUGCAGAAAAGAAGUGCCGAGUCGAAGAGGCCUAAGACAGGGCGGCGUAAGGCCGCGCGGGAGAUAACAAAACAGCGUUUUGAGAAAAGUCUACAGAUGUUAGCGGCAGAGCGUCGCCUGGACUUCGCGCCCUCAGCCGACCUGGAGAAUGACUACGGGUUGCAGCAGUACCGCGCUAGUGCGCCGGACUUCGACGAGAGAGUCAAGAAGUUGGAGAAGAAGCUGCAGCACUAUGAGGAAGGUCGUAUCGUCGGCGGCGGUGGAAGAACCGCAGGCGGCGGUGCCAGAGUCGCCCGUUUAGCUGCAGAGCUCAGCGGUACCUCAACAAACACAACCACACCCCGCCCUUCAUCCAAACCCAAGGACUUGAUGCGAUCUGUCGGCAAAAUAGAGAGGGAUGAUUGGAACAUGAAGGAAAUUGAACGGAAGAUCAUGGAGAACAGACUCGGCAGGCCCGAGCCUAAAACCGCUGAACGAGUGCCUAAGUGGGAUCGAGAACAGUUUCUGGGAAGGCAGCGCAAGUUAAAAGAGGGUGAAGGCAACGAAGAGAAAUGGGUAGAGAUCGACGAAACGUUACACAAACUCGACCAGAAACUCAAGGACUCCGGCAGACCUGACCAGGGAACGAAGAAGGUUGCGAAUUUGGCGACCAAGUUCGUCAAGAAACAACCUGAAGCCGAAAUGUCGAAGACUCCGCCGAAAGAAACAUCGAAAGAAGACUCGAAGAAGAGUUGGCGCGGCCCUGCUUUCACGGGCAUGCAGUGUGCAGCGUGUGGUACUCGCGUGUUCGCGGCAGAGGGCGUCACUGCCGACGGGCUGCAUCUCCACCGCGCCUGCUUCCGAUGCGCCGUCUGCAAGACUGUGCUUAGACCCGGUAACUACACAAUGGAGCGCUACGGUAGCCGGCUAGUCUGUCUCCGGCACUCCGGAGUGAGUGUACCUGAUGCCGUGGCCGCAGUGACUGCCCUCGCGAACGCUCGCAGUCAUCCUCCCCCUCCUACUCCUGAGAGGAUUAGUCUGGAACUAUCUGAUAGUGGUGCUAGAGAGAUCGAUGAGGAUGAAUGGACUGAUAGAAACUUCUUGGCGUCUGAGACCUCGUGCGCUGGGGGACUAAGUGACGAGGAGGAGUCCAGUUCGGACGAGUACACGGACGCGGGCGACAGCGACAAUGGAGUGGCCGCCUCCCCCGAACCUCAAGUGGCCGCCCCCCGACCCGCGCAUUCUGAACUAUACUUCUCCGACGACUCCUUCGGCUAUGACGACUAUUCGGAUGAUGGAGCGGAAUCAUCAGGCAACGAGUCCUGUUCUCGCAUGCGAGCGGCGCGCGAGGCUCGGCGGCGCGAGGUCCCGGCGGACGCGCGGCCCCCGACCGACAGCAGCGAGGUGGAAUCUGAGGAGGAGAGCGAGUCCAGCGACGAGGAAGUGUCCUCGGCCACCGAGGUGUCGACGGACAGCGAGUUCGCGCGGGAGGAGGUAGCGCCUGCGCCCUCCCCGCCCGCUAUACUAGUGACCGAGGCCACGCCCCCCGCGCCUCCGCCCCCACAGGAGUACCCGCUCAGCCGCACCCGCUCGGCCGGCGGACUCGCCACCAAACGCGCUCUGGAACUCAAACGACGGUACCUGCUCGGGGAGCCCUCGCCCCCAGCCGUCAGGAAGUCGGACUCCACCUCCCAAAUAGACACCAAGUUUGAAGCCUUUAGAUCUACCAUUACAGAGUUCCAGAAAAUGUUACACCCUGCACCCGCACCCACUCAGCAGCCUCAACCACAGAAACCAGUAGUAACCUUCCAGCUAUCGACUGAGGAUAAGAAGUCACAGCCGAUGCCUGACAUUAUUAAGAACCUUGUCGCCGAUGCACCAGUCGAUCUGCUCACCAAAGUAGAUGCACCUCUCAUCAAAGAUUGGAGGUCAGAAUCGACGAAGGAUGAGAAGGAUCCGGACUUGGAUUCAGACUCGUUGUCUGAGGAUGACUCGUCCCACACAGAGACGGCUCCCAAUCAGUCGGUGCCUCGUCUCGAGGUGCACGACGAGGGCGGAGAGCUGAUACAGCUGGACAGUCUCAUGUUAAUCAAUAACAGCACCGAGGACGAGAAGGCGUCUGGCACAGCCACUGCGACCGGCACUACUAUCGUCGCGGCGGCUGAGUCAGAGUCUUCAGAGUCUGGUCGCGACGCCACCACUCUGGCGCUCACGGAGACAGAACUCUCCGACUGGGCGGCUGAAAGUGCAGUCUUAGAUGACUGUGGCUUCGACGACAAGAAGGAAAGAAAGCGGAGUAAGAACCCUAGAACUUUAAGCGGACCUAAACUAGUGCACGACGCCAAAAACAUCGCCGCGGUCGCGUCCCACGUAUGUGGGAGGAGCAGUCCUGUCGAGGCAGUCGUCUAUUCUAACGCCUUAGAACACUUCGAGUUUGCUGACGAAGGAGAUCAAGACCCCUCACUAGAGACUCCCGUCACUCCGAAGAACGAGGGUUACAUGGAACUAGUUGACAAUGACUACGAUGCCUAUUCGCCGGGCAACGACCGCUCUAUGAACUUUAUCGAGAGGAGUUUUUCUGAAACCGUUUUCAAGCCAGCCAGCCAAGAAAACAGCUACAGACAGAACUUAUGUCCUAUUGAUUUGGAUGACAUAGAAGAUAUCGAUGCAGAUACGGAACCUUUAGACUUGAAGUCUCCGCAACUGCUGAAAUCGGUCGAGAAUGAUGUUAGUGAGAAAUCCAAUAGCGACAGCUUGCCGAAAAGUGAAAGUAUACACAAAAGUGAUAGCUUACAUAAAAGUGACAGCUUACAGAAAACUGACAGUUUACUGAAAACGGAUAGCUUGCUGAAAACUGAUAGCUUACUAAAGACUGACACGAUGAGUAUGCAGAGAAGUGACAGUAUUUUCAAAAGUGAGAGUGUACAAGUAGAUAAUAGUUCAGAACCGAAGAUAGAAAAUAAAAUAGAAACAUUAAGUUUAUCAGAAAUAUCGCCGCCAUUAGAGAAAGACAAAGUUGUGGACACGGAGCCAUCCGAGGUGUCACCGCCACUAGUACCUGAUACUCCUAAGGUGAAGCUCCCGAUGAGUAUUCCGUUCUCGGGGCCGUGCACCAUUCGGCUGUACUCGCCCGCCAUCUGUCGGUCGGCCAGCGAGACGUUCAACAGGUCCACGUCUAGGAGCACGGACUCACCGACGCGGAGCUUCGAGUUAUCUGUGUCAAUCAACCUGAGCUCGGGCUCACUGUCGCCAGUGAGUCCCGUGCCUGCCCGUGACACGACUGAUAAGGUACAGCAGAUUAAGAGGGAACAAGAGGAGCAGACAGAGGUUGUGAGGAGAUUGGUGCUGGAGAGGUUGGGAAGCGUGCCUAAAGCUAGCCGGAAGUCGGUGAAGCGAUCGCGGGCGUCACCGGCUGCGGUGCCGCCCCCCGUCCCUCCCCCACCGAUACUGCCGGCUCCGCCCACGCCGCCUCCACCCCGCCCCGCACCUCCUCUUAUGCCUUUGCCCGUGACGUCUUCCUUCUCAGAUCCCGAGCUAGCUCGUGAGAGGAGAAGCAAGAGCAUCAUGAAAAGCAUUUCAAAUUACCUGAACCGGAGGCUGGGACCUCGACAUAAGUCGUACUCGGACCCGGAUCUCCAGUGGCACGAGCCGCAAAUACUGUCGAACGCUCACAAGUCCACGGGGGCUUUACAAGAAGCUCCCCCAGUGCCCCCACCACCGGCCAGUUACUGUCCGCCAGUGGAACACCGCCCCACGCAUAGAGUAGCAGCAGGGCCGAGUAGCAGCGCGGUUGAUGUCGACGAGAGAGACGCCAUGCAGCUCUGGUUCGAGGCGAGAUGGGCUCGCCUCGUGGCACAGCGCCGUGCGCGAGAGGAACCGCGUGACGAACCCACUGCUCGACGCCUAGCGCGGCUCGAACGACGAUUGACACGACCUCUGUCUGCGGAGCAGCAGGCGGCGACGGUAGCGGAACUAGUGCAGGUCUCCGCUCAGAGAGACGCACACCAAGCCCUCAUGGCGGCCGAUAGGAGGCGAAGUGCCGGCGGCAGUGUUGGCGAUUAAACCGCUAAUUAAGCAUCGCUUAGCGUUAAUCUUUGUGAUCACUACAUAUACACACUAAACGUGAAAUUAACAUUAUAAAAUAAACGCAAUAAUAAAGAACUACAAAUCAGUAGAAUAUUAUACACCUUUCAUAUAAAAAAUGUUAAUUUCCAGUUUAUUAUAUUCAUCGUUACUGAUAUAUUUAUUUGAUCAUUAAAUCACGGAAUAAAAGUACCUACAUUAGUAUAUAGAAUAUAGGAAUAUAAAGUAUCUACGUUAUUAUAUCCGUUCGUUUCUCUUUUUGUUAAGUAUCUGGACAUUGCUGAUGUGUUAGGGACGAAACAGUAAAAAUAUAAUUCACAGGUAUGCUAAAUUCAACCUUAUUGUGGUUUGUGUUUGAAUGAUUUUGCGGUGCUGAGUACAGAUGUUUUAUCACGUUAGGUUUUUUAGAAGAUACGCGUGGCAAUGUAGUUGUGAUUUAGUAUUGUGGGCGCUGAUCAUCUACCUUCAGGUAAUCUGUCGGCUUUUUG